UUGAUGUGCCUUGCCUACUUAACAGUGCUUUGUAUGGCCAAGCAGAAAAACAAACAAACACUCAUGUUUAAUGCAUUCAUGUUUAAGCACACAGGCACCUUGAAAGUGUUGACUAGCAAGACUGGAGGAAAUGAAAGGACAGUUAAGGUAACUGGGUUGCUUUGCCAUUGGCAACAGUAGAACAGCACAUCUUUGCAGAGUGAAUCUAGGAUUACAGAGAUCAAGCUUUUACAGAGACAUCAAAUAAUUACCCAGUGCAUUCCAAGAGCUACAGGCACAUUUGUUAGGAAUAUGAGCAUGUUAUGCUACUUCAACUCUGGCAAUCCAAUGGCUGACCAAAGGAUGGACAUUUCUUCUACGAUCAGUGAUUUUAUGUCACCUGGUCCCACUGAUUUGAUCUCUAGUUCUCUUAACUCUUCAGGAAUGGAUUGUAACAGAAAAAGGAAAGGAAGUUCUACUGAUUACCAGCUCGAUGGGUUUUCUUUUGAAGAAGGCAUGGAUACAGAUAAGGAUGAUCAACAUGGAAGGUUGGAAUAUACAGACCAACAGGGCAGAAUAAAAAAUGCAAGAGAGGCUCACAGUCAGAUUGAAAAACGGCGACGUGAUAAGAUGAACAGCUUUAUUGAUGAAUUGGCUUCUUUAGUGCCAACAUGCAAUGCUAUGUCCAGGAAGCUAGAUAAACUUACUGUUCUGAGAAUGGCAGUUCAGCACAUGAAGACUUUACGAGGUGCUACAAAUCCAUACACUGAGGCAAACUACAAACCUGCUUUUCUCUCAGAUGAUGAAUUAAAGCAUCUAAUUCUUAGGGCAGCAGAUGGCUUUCUCUUCGUUGUGGGUUGUGACAGAGGGAAGAUACUUUUUGUUUCAGAAUCAGUCUUCAAAAUCCUCAAUUAUAGUCAGAAUGAUCUGAUUGGCCAGAGUCUGUUUGAUUACCUACAUCCUAAAGAUAUUGCCAAAGUUAAGGAACAGCUCUCUUCUUCAGAUACUGCCCCACGAGAAAGGCUCAUAGAUGCAAAAACUGGACUUCCAGUUAAAACAGAUAUAACACCUGGGCCAUCACGACUGUGCUCUGGAGCAAGACGUUCAUUCUUUUGUAGGAUGAAAUGCAACAGACCCUCAGUGAAAGUAGAAGACAAAGACUUUCCUUCUACCUGUUCUAAAAAGAAAGCAGAUCGCAAAAGCUUUUGUACUAUCCACAGCACAGGAUAUUUAAAAAGCUGGCCACCAACAAAGAUGGGACUAGAUGAAGACAAUGAGCCUGAUAACGAAGGCUGUAAUUUAAGCUGUCUUGUUGCAAUUGGACGGUUGCAUCCUCAUGUAGUUCCUCAACCAUUAAAUGGAGAAAUCAGGGUUAAACCAACAGAAUAUGUUUCUCGACAUGCAAUCGAUGGCAAAUUUGUAUUUGUAGAUCAGAGGGCGACCGCAAUUUUGGCAUAUUUACCACAAGAGCUUCUAGGUACAUCAUGUUAUGAAUAUUUUCAUCAAGAUGAUAUAGGACAUCUUGCAGAAUGUCAUCGACAAGUUUUACAAUCAAGAGAAAAAAUUAGUACUAAUUGUUACAAGUUUAAAGUCAAAGAUGGAUCUUUUAUUACAUUGAGGAGUUGUUGGUUCAGUUUCAUGAACCCUUGGACCAAAGAAGUAGAAUAUAUUGUCUCAACUAACACAGUGGUUUCUGCUAAUAUGCUUGAUGGUGGAGAUGUGUCUUUUCCACAGCUUGCAGCUUCACCACACAGCAUGGACAGUGUACUCCAAGCAGGAGAAGGUGGUCCAAAAAGGGCCCUUCCCACAGUUCCUGGUAUUCCAGGUGGAACAAGAGCUGGUGCUGGUAAAAUUGGAAGGAUGAUUGCUGAAGAAAUCAUGGAGAUCCAUAGGAUAAGAGGAUCUUCCCCUUCAAGUUGUGGCUCUAGCCCAUUGAACAUGACCAGCACACCUCCCCCUGAUACAUCAUCACCAGGAGGCAAAAAGAUUUUGAAUGGUGGAACAUCAGACAUUCCUCCUGCCAGUAUAUUGUCCGGCCAGAUACAAGACAAUCCAGGAUAUCCAUAUUCUGACAACAACUCCAUUCUUGGUGAAAACUCACAUAUAGGCAUUGAUAUGAUAGACAAUGACCAAGGAUCCAGCAGCCCCAGCAAUGAUGAGGCAGCAAUGGCAGUUAUCAUGAGCCUUUUGGAAGCAGAUGCAGGUCUCGGUGGCCCAGUUGACUUUAGUGACUUACCGUGGCCCUUGUAGAUGCUGCUCACAAGCUUUGACAUCAGAAUAUCUCAAAGUGCAUUAUUGGUGGAGUUCUCCAAUCUGUGAAGCUUGCUGAAUUGCUUUGGUGUUUUAAUUUCAUAAGCCAUAUCAAGAGAACAGUCAUACUUCUCCCAUGUGUAAUUUCUGACCAAGUGGAGAUCAAUUUGCAAUGGUGUUCCUAUAUUUCUUGUUAGUUGUGUAUAGCUUGCAUUAAUUGUAUAUUUUGGGUACUGUUUUUGUGUUGACUUUUUUUUAAAAAACAUCACUGUGCAAAUUAAGCACUAGCAUCACUGGUAGCUUUUAUAUGCAAAUGGUCAUUUCAGCUAUAUGGUGUUUUUACACUACAGAGAAGGUCCCCAUGUGGAUAAGGAAUAUUUCUUAUACUAAUAUAUCAAAACUGUUUCUUGUAAGAUCCUUUACUAUAAAUAUUGUUGAAGUGUAAUG